AUGUCGACGCGGCUGACAGCGGCUUCGAAAUUGUUGUCAGGAGGCUCUCCUUGCUCUGUGCCUGAGGGAUGUGCAGGUGAUGGGCGGCCCGGGACGGUUUCUUGGAGUCUCUGUGGAGUCCCUGGGCUAGACCCCAUACUGAAAGCUGCAGGAUCUUCCCUGGCCCCAGCAGCUCUGGUUGAGUCCACGGACCCUGCCUGUUCUUGGGCUCCUGGGAAGAGCAGAGUUGUCAGCAAGAGAGCCCGAGGGCUGAGGCCCAGUGGGAACAUGCCAGCUAACCAGAGCUCUCGCGGGCCAUCCCUGGCCCUGAUUCCAGGGGGAUGUGACAACCGAGAGGUAUCAGUGUCGUUCAAGGAUGUGACUGUGGACUUCAGCAGGGAAGAGUGGCAGCAACUAGACUCUACUCAGAGGCGCCUGUACCAGGACGUGAUGCUGGAGAACUACAGCCACCUGCUCUCAGUGGGGUGUGAAGUUCCCAAACCAGAGGUCAUCUUCAAGUUGGAGCAAGGAGAGGAGCCGUGGAUUUUGGGGGAGGAAACCCCACAUCAGAGCUGUUCAGAUGGGAAGUUUGGGAUUAAGACCUCACAAACAAGAAUUUCUGGAAAAGCUUCGUUUCAUAGUGAAAUGGAGGGUGAAGACACAAGAGAUGAUUCAUUGUAUUCCGUUUUAGAAGAACUGUGGCAAGAUGCUGAACAGAUAAAAAGAUAUCAGGAAAAACAGAACAAACCUCUGAGUCACGCUGCUUUCAUCAAUAAGAAACUAUUGAAUACAGAGUGGGAUUAUGAAUAUAAAGACAGUGUAAAAUUUGUUCAUCCAAGCCAAAAUCAUGUUUCUUCACAGAAAAGACCCCAUAAAUACGACUCAUUUGGAAGGAGUUUUAAGCAUAAUUUAGAUUUACAUAUUCAUAGUAAAAACAAUGCAACAAAGAACUUUGAUAAAAUUCUUGGACGUGGUCAAGUUUUCACUCAGAGCUCUUCUUAUACUAACCAUGAAAAUACGCAUGCAGGAGUGAAAUUCUGUGAAAGUAAUCAGUGUGGAAAAGUCUUCAGCCUCAAACAAGCACUCGGUCACAAUCUAAAAUUUCCUGUUGGGGAGAAAGCAAAUAUGUGUACUGAAUUUGGGAACAUCUUCACCCAGAAGUCACACCUCUUUGCACCUCAGAGAAUUCAUACUAUGGAAAAACCUCAUGAACUUAGCAAAUGUGUAAAUGUUUUUACACAGAAGCCACUACUCAGUAUAUGUCUGAGAGUUCAUCGAGAUGAAAAACUAUAUAUAUGUACUGAAUGUGGGAAGGCAUUUAUCCAGAAUUCAGAAUUAAUUUUGCAUGAGAAAACUCAUACUAGAGAAAAACCCUAUAAAUGCAGUGAAUGUGGAAAAUCAUUUUUCCAGGUGUCAUCUCUACUUAGGCAUCAGACAACUCAUACAGGAGAAAAACUCUAUGAAUGCCGUGAAUGUGGGAAAGGCUUCUCCCUGAACUCAGCCCUCAAUGUACAUCAGAAAAUUCAUACUGGAGAGAGACACCACAAAUGCAGUGAAUGUGGGAAAGCCUUUACCCAAAAAUCAACACUUAGGAUGCAUCAGAGAAUUCAUACAGGAGAGAGAUCCUAUGUAUGUACUGAAUGUGGGCAGGCCUUCAUCCAAAAGGCACACUUGAUUGCACAUCAAAGAAUUCAUACUGGAGAGAAGCCUUAUGAAUGCAGUGACUGUGAGAAAUCUUUCCCUUCUAAGUCACAACUUCAGAUGCAUAAGCGAAUUCACACAGGAGAGAAACCCUAUAUAUGUACCGAAUGUGGGAAGGCCUUCACCAACAGGUCAAAUCUCAAUACUCAUCAGAAAUCUCAUACUGGAGAGAAAUCUUAUAUAUGUGCUGAAUGUGGGAAGGCCUUCACUGACAGGUCAAAUUUCAAUAAACACCAGACCAUUCAUACUGGAGAGAAACCCUAUGUUUGUGUCGAUUGUGGGAGGGCCUUCAUCCAGAAGUCAGAGUUAAUUACACAUCAGAGAAUUCAUACUACAGAGAAGCCGUAUAAAUGUCCUGACUGUGAGAAAUCUUUCUCCAAGAAACCACAUCUCAAAGUACAUCAGCGAAUUCACACAGGAGAGAAACCAUAUAUAUGUGCAGAAUGUGGGAAAGCCUUCACUGACAGGUCAAAUUUCAAUAAACACCAGACAAUUCAUACUGGAGAUAAACCCUAUAAAUGCAGUGAUUGUGGAAAGGGCUUCACUCAGAAAUCAGUUCUGAGUAUGCAUCGCAAUAUUCAUACAUGAAAGUAACCCUGUUUCUUGAAAAUGAGAAAGCCUUAUCACAGAAGUCAGGUCUAAUUGUACAUUACAAAAUUCAUCCAAGACAGAUCCUAUAUGCCAUUGCAUCAUAAAAAGCAUUCAUCAGGCUCUCUCACCUCAGAGGAGCAAAAUUUUUCAGAAGAGACCCUCUAAGAAUGCACUAAAUGAAGGAGAAUUUCCAUAUUUGCGCCUCACAAUAUAUAAUAGAAUUCAAACCAGGAAAAAUGCUGUCAGUUUGAUGCAUUAGGAAAAGCUUUCCUAUGGAAAGUAUUAUAAGGCAAAUUGUUACCAAAUUCUUUAUAGAUGGAGUGUGCAAAAUUAUGUAAAUGACAGUCAUGUUUACUGUGUUAUAUUAAGCAAUUUAAAGUGAGAACUAAAUGAAAGAUAGGACAACAAAAUAAUAUAUUUGAUGCAUAGACCUAGUCUCACUUCUGUAGGGUGUUUGUGGCAGAACACAUUGUACAACAGGAGGAAUAAUAAUUGAAAUUCUGUUUUUGAAUUUAAUAUAGUUGUGUCUGUCAAAUAUAUUUCUUAUUGAAUAUUUCUCUCACGUGAAUCCACAGUUAUAAAGUCAUUGUGGUUUUGUAUAUACACACAUCUGCAGAUGUAGUUUUACAUGAACACAUAAAUACAAUCCUAUCCUUCAUACUGGUUUCCAUGAGAUCAUGUUUUUAUCUUCUUUCGUUGUGGUACAAUGGCAAAUAGCCACCAAUUCCUCCCAUCCUUUUAUGUAUGCCCCUUUGCGAUGUUACUCUGUUUUCUUAUUGAGAGGUAGAGUCUCUAUCUUUCCACACUUUGGCUCUCAGCUUGGCCAUGUGACUUGCUUUGGCCAGUGUACAUUAGCAAAGAGAUUCAAGAAGAGGCUGGAGAAGUGUGAAUGCCUGCCUUGAGGCUUACGCUCUCUUGUUGCUUUUAGGAAUUCUGAGACCUUUGUGUAAAGAAGCUCAGAUUAUUCUACUGGGGGAUGAGAAACCACAUCGAGCAGAGAUGGGCCAGCCCAGCUGAGGCCUCUUAGACCAACUGCCAGACAUGGAAGUGAGGCUUUCCUCAACCUCCAUUCCCAGCCAAGCCGGCCCACACCAGAAGGGCCAUACCAGUUAUCCCAGCCAACCUGGAGAAUUAUGAGAUAAAUAAAAUGAUUAUUGUUUUAAGCUACUAAGUUUUGGGGUAGUUUGUUGCACAGCCAAUGCUAAGUAAUACCUAAAAGUGUAUGUGUGUGGGGGAUAUUGUACCAAAA